AGCUCCACAUCUUUUUUAUUUUUUCCCCUUUUUUUAUUUCUACAUAAAUAUACUUUUACUAUUCUUUUUAUAAUUAUUAUUCUUUCUUGUAAUAAGGUUUUGAUUAAGGGACCUUUUUAUUUGGGAAAUAACAAUUGCAUUAAAUUGAACAAGUUUCUACCUCAUCAUCUUGAAUUUCAAAACAUCUGAAACAGUUUUAUUCUCAUAUUUAAUUGAUUAAAGAAUAAUGAGUGGUGGAAAUAUCAAGGUAGUGGUUCGUUGUCGUCCCAUGAAUGCCAGAGAAAUUGCUCGUGGGGCAGUAGGUUUAAUUCGUAUGGACGGCGACCAGACGAUUAUUAGCAGACCACCUGAUCAACGAACAGGAAAAGAAUCGGAAGACGUAAAGGCAUUCACAUUUGACAAAUCUUAUUGGUCUGCCGACAAAAACGACCCAAGUUAUGCCGAUCAACAAACUGUCUAUAAUGAUAUGGGUGAAGAAUUAUUGGAUCAUGCAUUCGAUGGUUAUAAUUGCUGUAUUUUUGCUUACGGUCAAACGGGUUCUGGUAAAUCAUAUUCAAUGAUGGGUUAUGGCGAAGAUAUAGGUAUCACACCUCGUACUUGUUCAGAGCUGUUCAACAGAAUCAAUCGCAACCAACAACCCAAUCUUACAUAUGGCGUUGAAGUGUCUUAUAUCGAAAUUUACAAUGAGAAAGUACACGAUCUAUUGAACCCGAAAAAUAAGGGAAACCUAAAAGUACGUGAACACCCUUCCUUGGGUCCUUAUGUGGAGGAUCUUUCAAGAUUAGUAGUUACUUCAUUUGACGAUAUCAAUCAUCUAAUGGACGAAGGUAAUAAAGCAAGAACUGUCGCUGCCACCAACAUGAAUGAAACAUCUUCGAGAUCCCAUGCUGUAUUCACUCUCUUCUUGACUCAAAAAAGGUUGGAUGAUUUAACAAAGCUGGAGACUGAGAAAGUCGCCAGAAUCAGUUUAGUUGAUUUGGCUGGUAGUGAGCGUGCCAACAGUACAGGUGCUACAGGUGCAAGAUUAAAAGAAGGCGCAAAUAUCAAUCGUUCUUUGACUACACUGGGUAAAGUCAUUGCAGGUCUUGCAGAACAAUCGGCACAAGAAGGGAAAAAAGGAAAGAAGAACCCGGUCUUUGUUCCUUACAGAGAUUCCGUGUUGACUUAUUUACUAAAAGAUUCGUUGGGUGGUAAUUCAAAAACUGCAAUGAUUGCAGCAAUUUCACAAGCAGAUUAUGAUGAAACUCUCAGUACACUAAGAUAUGCAGAUCAAGCCAAACGAAUUAAAAAUAAGGCUAUUGUAAAUGAAGAUCCGAACGCAAAGUUAAUUCGAGACUUGAAAGACGAAUUGGAAUUAUUGCGUGAUCGAUUGCGUACUUAUGCACCCGAAGAAGUAGAACAACUCACAGCCUCUAGUGCAUAUAAAAGCUCGAAUAGCACAGGACUUAAGUCAACCUCCAGUACAUCACGUACUAAUUCCACUCCUGUUGCUUCCGCGAAAACACCCAUAUCAGAAUUGGAGAUCAUGGAUAGUACUGGCAAGAAAAAGAAGAUGUCCAAAGAGGAGAUCAUUGAACAAUUGCAGGUGUCGGAAAAGUUAUUGGCCAAUUUAAAUGAAAGCUGGGAAGAAAAGUUGAAAAAGACUGAAGAAAUUCACCAUGUCAGAGAAAAGGCCUUGAAAGAACUAGGUAUCACGAUCGAAAAGAAUGAUAUGGGGGUUUAUACACCAAAGACAAUACCUUUUAUUGUCAAUUUAAACGAAGAUCCACUCAUGUCCGAAUGUCUCAUGUAUCAAAUCAAACCAGGUUUCACCCGACUAGGAAGACAAGAAAGUGAAAUACAGGCAGAUAUUAGGCUUAGUGGCUCUAAUAUUCAAGAAGAGCAUUGCUCUUUUGAAAGUAAAAAUGGUGUUGUGACACUACACCCAAACAAAGACUCUCUCACCAUGGUCAAUGGUAUGCGUAUUACGACACCAAAACAACUUAAAAGUGGCUACCGUAUCAUUCUUGGUUACUACCAUAUCUUUCGAUUUAAUAACCCGGAGGAAGUGAGAAAAGAACGGGAUCUACAAAAAGUCGCAAUCGAAAAUAGCAUGAAUGGUGGAACGACAGCAGUCGUCGACGAUGAUACUAGUAGACCAGAAUCACCUUCUUCAGAGAGUAUGGUUGGGUCUGAAGUUAUUGAUUGGAACUACGCACGCCGUGAAGCUGUAUUAAAUUACUAUGCCACCGAAGAGAACUUUGGGGAUUUGAAAGAUGAGGAUUUAGAAAAAUUAUACGACGAUAUAACAAAAAUCCGAAAUUCAAGACGGGUUAGAAGUGAAAGUAGAGCGGAUGGCGAUGAUGAUGAUUCUUCCACAACAAGAGAUUCCUUUAGAAAUUCCUCUUCCGUCAUCAUGAAUGAAGAUGGCACUGAAAGUGUAUACACCGAUAUUACUGUAGCCCAUUCAGAGAACCUAUUAGAAGAAAAGCUGAAGCAAGAAAAAGAACGUAUGCAGAAAGAAUUGGAUCACCAAAAACGUGUAUUCGAAGCAAAGAUCAAUCGUAUGUCUAGACAGUAUUCUCAGCAAGCUAUGUCUAUGGCCAACGGCACUGGGCCUAUUUAUAAUGAGCGCCAAACCAGAUUAAUCCAAAAGGUGCUGGGCAGAUGGAAACAAUUACGUACUGUGGAUAUGGCUGAAGUUGUCUUGACAAACGCUGUCAUGUUAAAAGAAGCCAACAUCAUCUCAAGAGAAUUGAAAAAGGAAGUUUUGUAUCAAUUUGCUGUAAUUGAAGACGAGCCAUUUUCGAACAAUUUAUCUUUUUGGGAAACGACAUCUGCUCUACACCAGUUUGAAACCGAUGAAGACACAAUGUUAUUGUCUACUCCAAAACCCUGUGUGGGUGUACGUGUUAUAGAUAAAAAGAACCAAGUGAUUUACGUCUGGUCUCUCGAAAGGUUGAAACAACGACUGCAUAAAAUGCGCAACUUGUACAAUUUUAUUGAUCGUCCACUGUAUCGCAAACAUUUUAAUUUCGAAGACCCUUUCUUUGAAAAUCCUUGCCCCAAAUACUCGUUCAUCGGUGUUGCAUCUACAUCCGUACGGUGUCUAAUCACUCAACAAUCAUACGAAAGUGUUGCCGAAAUUAUUUGUCGUAGCACAGGACAAAUACGAGGAAAAUUACGUAUUUUAAUAUCGCCUAUCGCAAGGUCUGUGGUCGCCACUCAUAGUAACAGUGAAAGUUCAAGACACCCAUUACAACCUUCCUUCCCAGAAAACGAUUCUGACGAUGACUUGAACGAUGAAGAUGAGGAAGAAGAAGCUGAUGAUCAUACAACCUUGAAAGUAGGCCAAAACCUGUUAUUUGAAAUCAAGUUAUUGGAAUUCAGUGGUAUUAGUGAAUCAGAAUUUACAGACGUGCAUGUUCAAUUCAGAUUAUCUUCAUUUGGUGGCAUACCUUCUCACUCACCAGCUGAAAAAAUAUUCGCAACUGAGCCAGUGAGCUUCUUUGAAAAUAAUCCAUACCAAAUGAAUUAUGGUCAGACUCUAUCUCUGGUGGUCACACAGCCUGUGCUAGAUAUUCUUACCAGUGGAUUUAUUGCAUUUGAAGUAUACGGUUUGGCUCAAACACGUGUGUUGUUGCAACAGGAAAGAUGGGACGAUCAACGAGAAAGACCACGCCUGGUUGACCUCUUUCAGGCAAGUCAACAAAAGGCAGUAGUUAUGGAUGGUACGUCUGUCAAAUCAGCUAGUAGUAAUAGUGAUUCAACAGCAGGUUCACUAGAACGUCGAUCUGAAGAAGAGCUGUUAACAGCAGAACGACAUGACAUUGUUGCCUGGAUCGAAGUACGUGAACUAUCCCCAUCCGGAGAAUACACACCUGUUCAGUUAACAUCUAAAGGGGCUAUGGAUAAAGGUUACUUUACGUUACGCCAGGGUCUUCAGCGAAGAGUUUGCUUUACCUUGUCUCAUACUUCAGGACACCAAUUUGAAUGGACCAAGAUUAAAAGAGCCUCGGUGGGUCAUGUUCGUCUUUUGGAUGGUAAAGGCCGUAUCUUGGAAUCCCCCGCACAAGAAAAUAUUCCCAUUAAGCUAUUAACCAAACAACAUGUCAUUUAUUGUUCUGAUGGAACCAGCCAAAUCACAGCAGAAGGUGCGUGGGAUAGCUCUCAGCAUGAAUGUAUCUUUUUGAACAGACUUACGGACCCCAACAGUCGAGUUAUUCUUAACCUCCGAUGGGAAGUUGAAGCGGAACGAUGUGAAAAGCCGGUGCAGUUUAAUAUGGAUAUCGCUUUCCAAAUUCAAGGUCGUGAUCGGUCCACAGGCGGAAGCAAAUUCCGUAAUAUUCGUAAACUGCUGUAUCCAAAAGAUAAGCAUCCUAGUAAAUAUAGUGGGGUCUUUUUGGUUCAUCUGAAGCCUCCCAUGACAAGACGUUUAAGUCAAUUAUGGCGUUUAAAUACAGCAUCCAAAUACGUGCAUGGCGAAGAAUUUUUGGGCACCUGGAGACCCCGUGGUGUUUCUCUUGUCAAUGAUUUUAAACAGAUUCAAGAGUUCAUCAGUCGUAAACAACAUGUUGCUUUUACAACGCAAAUUCUAGCUUUAAAGCAACAAGAACUCGUCUCUCCUAAAUCUUCGGUCUUAUCUAGCUGUUCAACCACUGUAGCUUCUGAUGAAGAUCGACAAGUUUUACUAAAAAAGAUCGUUGAUUUAUGGAGCUUAAAAUUGGGUACGGACAAGGAAAUUGUCAUCAGUCAAGAUCCACCUUUGUUGAUUGAAAAUGCCAUUUCUGUAAUCCCAGAACCUUUAUUCACAUCAAAAUUGUUAGCCGAAGUGGUCUUUGUGACACAAUCUGCCAGUAUCUCAAAAAGGGGAUGGUUAUUGUAUCAAAAAAAUGCCGCCGAAGAUCUAUGGGUUAAACGCUGGUUCGUAAUUCGUCGACCUUAUAUUUACAUUUAUACAAAUGACACUGAAACGGAUGAGCAAGGUGUCAUCAAUGUUGGUUCAGUUCGCAUCGAUUACAAUGAAGCUCUUGAAAGAAUGAUUGACCGCGUCAAUGUGUUUGCUCUUUAUACCAAUAACAAUGCCUAUACCUUACAAUCAGGAACUCGUCAAGAGAUGAUCAGCUGGAUUCAAAUGAUUGAUCAAAAAUUCCCAGUAGAUAAUUUACAGUCAUAAUAUUUUUGUUAUCUAUAUCAUCUUUAAUAUUUUCCCAUUAUCUAUAAAUGCCAUGUAAAUAAAAACCAAAAAAAAAUAAAAAUCAACCUUUAAAAAA